AUGCCGAACACAGCUCUACUCGUGCUAGACAUCCAGAACGGCAUAAUCGACCGUCUAGGACACAACAGCACCAUAGACGACUAUCUCCAACGUCUCUCGACUACGAUCAACAAAGCCCGCGACUCCGGCGUCAAAAUCAUCUACAUCACAACAUCCUUCCGCCCCGGCUACCAAGACCUACACCCAAACAGCCCCUCCACAACAGCAAUCAAAGCCUCGAACCAGUUCAUCGAAGGCGAUCAUUCAACCCAGAUCCAUCCAGCUGUUUCCCCAGACACAAGCAAAGGAGAUGCCGUUGUGAACAAGCGCCGCGUGUCCGCAUUUGCCGGGACGGAUUUGGAUCUGAUUCUACGCUGUCUUGAUGCACGCGACGACUUGGUGGUCUGUGGGCUGAUUACUAGUGGUGCAGUGUUAUCCACGGUGCGACAGGCGGCGGAUCUUGAUCAUCGACUUACUGUGCUUCGUGAUUUGUGUAUGGAUCGGGAUCCUGAGGUGCAUGAUGUUUUGAUGGAUAAGGUUUUGACGAAACAGGCGCGGGUUGUGGUUUCGGAUGAGUGGGUUGGAUUGUUAUAG